AUGUCUUGGCAGCACUACAAAGCCCUAAUGUACAAAGACUGAAUCCAUAUACAUUAAAAUUGCGACGGCGAACAAGCCCCUUUUUCUCAACACCUGUGGCCUUAGGCUCGAAAAGCCGCAGGGACCUUGUGGAAGGAAAAUUGGCGCUCGGUAAAUAUAUCCGGCUAGGUUUUACUUGUCUUGGUGGAGCGCAAUGUCGAAUUAGGUCGACUGCAGUUCACUUCAAUCAAGGUUUUCAUCUCACUCCCCCCAUCCUUGAUCGAACGACUCGCCAUCGUUCGAUCAAGGAUGGGGUUUAAAAAAAAUAUUUUUAUAUUCUUUUAAAUAAGAGGGUUAAGAGUAUUUAAUAAUUUUUUUUACAGCAAAAAAUUGAAUUAAUUUUAUAAAAAUGCCAAUUUUUAAUAUUUGAUUUAUUAGUUACCCCUCUAAACUGCAUAAAUUUUAAUUUGUUCCUUAUUAAAUUAAAAUUUUUUUUUUUUAAAAUUUUAAAGAAUCUCUAUUUUAUUAGAUUAUUGAGCUUUUAAGCCUUAGUUGAUGACUAAAUCACUUCGUAUGGUUGAUUCCAAAGUUUUUUCUGUCGUCUCAAAGUCUCUGAAAAAAAAUUCAUUAUGUACAUCUUCCCAAGCUUUUGAUAACUAAUUUAUUUUUAUAUAUAUAUAAAAAUUUGCAUGAUAUGGAAUCGUUGGGGGUUAAUUUCCCCAUUUUUUAGGAAUUUUUACAGUCAAUCGUUCGAUCUAGGAUGGGGGAGAGUCAGGGGAAAUGGGAUUCAGAGUUGGAAAGGGGUGACUCAGCGACACCGUGGGUUACUACACAUUCCAUCGGGCACUUCUCCAGCGCGAUACUAGGCGUUGUGCCCCAGACUUUGAAUUUCCAUUUUAGCCAACAGCUAGACCAGAAAAUUUGUUUUUCAAAUUUUCGGAAGAGCAACCUCUGUUGACGUACUGCAAGGUGGCGCAACUCAUCCAAUUACAGGUGACGAGUGCUGGCCCUCGUCUGUAGGAGCGAAGCUUUAAAGGUCGUGCUACGGUUGGUGGCGGGCAACCGAGUGGAGCAUUACGGGUGGAGGUAGUCCUUCGGGAAUUACGGCGGGCUUCUAUAUAAGUUUUAUUAGUACGUACAAAGACUGAAUCCUUUGACGACGCAGAAUAUUUGGCUCAGUAUGCGAAGUACUAUUCCCUAUAAUUGUAUUUCUUCUGCUUGCCUUAAUCCGUGCUUCUUUAGGUUCUGAGGAAGUCGAUGCCGAAUCCUAUCUCAGUUAUGCAGAAUACGUGAAGCCUUCUGUCUCAAAUGCCGUUACCUAUCCUUUUCCUGAGGGCAACUCAUUUAAAUGAUGCCAUGAAUACGUCGAAGAAGGAGAAUCCUGAAUGAUUGCCCUAGCUCCAAAAAAUGAUAUAAACGGAUACCUUGAAGAAACAUUUGCAGCCCAUCCCAAUCUCCAAAAUGUAGAGAUCCGUUACUUCGAAGAUGACGAUGAAAUUGAUGAUUAUAUACAGGACGAUGACUACGAAGACGGCCCCAAACUCUGUUUUGCUGUAGUUUUUAAGGAAGCCGAAGAUAACUAUUAUGAAUAUCAUAUUAGGUUUAAUCAGUCAUAUUCUCAGCCUGAUGGUGGGGAGCCUAUAGGAGAAGACUUUGAAAUCUUUCAGUUCCACAGAUUUGAUGCAACAGAUGAGCUUCUAAGAGAGCCAAAGCCAGAUUUCCAGAUAGAUUUUAUACAUUCAGGGUUCGUUCAAAUUCAGAACUAUGUUGAUAAUUAUUUGCUAAAAGAAGCCACAGGGGAUGACAACGCUUAUAUAGCGGCUGGAUUUGUCCCGAUGUAUUAUGACGAUUAUGUAGAUGAUGAUUUUAUUGAAAAUAUUCAGGAUAUUUUGCCUUUCUUUUUUAUAAUUUCGUUUUUGAUACCUGUAUGCAGAAAUAUUGCUCAGAUUGUGAUGGAAAAGGAGUAUAGGAUAAAGGAAAUUAUGUGUAUUAUGGGACUGUCAAAUAAAGCGUACUGGCUAUCAUGGAUUACUUAUUAUUUUUUGGUUUAUUUAUUGAUAUCAAUUUUAGCCACUAUUAUUUUGGGAUUGCAGAUAUUUACGUACAGCAAUAAGUUUAUAUUGUUUAUUACUUUUUUGUUAUUAGGAGUCUCAUCUAUUAGUUUUGCUGUAUUGAUAUCAGUUUUCUUUUCACGUGCAAAGGCAGCACUUGCAUUAGGACUGAUGGUCUUUUUAGGCCUUUUUUUUGUGUUUUUUGCUGUUGAUGACCCUUAUCUUGACCAUACACAAAAAUUUUUGGCUUCAUUUAUCCCAACUGUAGCCUUUGGCCUAAGCACUGGAAUUCUUUGUGAGCUUGAAAAAGGGCAGGCGGGGGUCCAAUUUGAUAACAUAAACCAAGAUAUUUACAAUUACACGUACUCUACAGCUUUAAUCAUGAUAGCUCUAGACACAGUAAUUUUCUUCUUUCUAGCCUUAUAUUUUGAACAAGUCUGGCCUUCGGAAUGAGGCACUAAGCGGCCAUGAUAUUUUAUUUUCCAAAAAGACACAUGAAUAACCAGAAAAGAAGAAGAAGAGCAAGAUGACGAUUUUCCUAGAGAUAUUGACUAUGACGACAAUGUAGAGCCUGUCGACCCACUUUUAUCUAACCAAAAAACAUCAGGAAGAGCUAUGCUGGUAAGAAAUCUUACCAAAAUAUUUAACGGAACUACAGCUGUGGACAACUUGAAUCUCGACAUAUAUGAAGGCCAAAUUUUCGCACUAUUAGGACACAAUGGAGCAGGAAAAACAACCACGAUUUCUAUGCUCACUGGGCUUAUCCCCACCACUACUGGAGAUAUGAAAGUUCGAGGACUUCGCCUUUCCAAAGACUUAGACAAGCUACGAAAGCUCUUUGGAGUCUGCCCACAGCAGAACGUGCUUUAUGGAGAACUGACAGCUACAGAGCACUUAUACCUUUUUUCGGUCUUUAAAGGUAUGAAUAACAAAGCUCUGAUAAACCAAAAAAUCGACGAAAAAUUACAAGAAGUCGAUUUGGUGCCUCAUAAAGACAAAUAUUCAAGUUUUUUGUCAGGCGGACAAAAGAGAAAGCUUAGUCUUGCAAUUGCGCUGAUUGCUGAUUCCCCAAUUGUGCUAUUAGAUGAGCCUACAUCAGGAAUGGACUUGACAGCAAGACGUAAUAUGUGAGAUAUGCUUAAGAAAAAUAAAUCGUCAAGAAUUGUGAUUUUAACGACUCAUUAUAUGCAAGAAGCUGACAUUCUUGCUGAUAGAAUCGCUAUUUUGUCAAAUGGCAAGCUGAGGUGCUGUGGAUCGUCAUUAUUUUUAAAAGGCAGAUAUGGAGUCGGCUACUAUCUGACCCUUGUAAAAGAAGUGGACGCUGCAAGUGUUGAGCACAGCCAAAUGGUCACAGAUUUCGUAAAAUCAUAUAUUCCAACUGCUAUUAAAGCAAGCGAUGUCCAUGCAGAAAUUGCGUUUAGGCUGCCUAUUGGCAGUGCAACCAAAUUCGAAGACUUUUUCCAGUCACUUGAUAAUAGAAAAAGUGAGCUUAAAAUUAGAUCAUACGGAGUAUCAGUCACAACACUAGAAGAAGUAUUCAUAAGAGUAGCUAGAGGGGACAAUGAGCUAAAAGAAGGAAGCUCUAAUUGAAGCCAAAGAGAAGAGGCUAAAGAAGAAGGAGAAGAUAUAGUAGGAGAUGAGCAGCAACUUAUUGAAACUGAAAGGGAGACUAAAGGACUGUUCACAAGACAUAUUAAAUGCCUCUUAAGGAAAAGAUAUCUGUGGACCAAGCGAGAUUGGAGAAUUUUUGUAUUUGAAUUAUUUGUCCCUGCACUUCUGGUACUUUUUGGACUUAUUUUUAUGCUAAUUGCUGAAAGAUUUAUAGAUCAAGACCCUUAUGAGUUAGUUAUUGAUCAAUACGAAACACCACAGAGCAUCAUGUACCCAGAGUCUUCUGGAGUGACUGAACAAAUAAUGCAGCUUAUUGACGAGUCUGACGAUGUUGAGCUAAAAGCUGUAGAAGUUGAGAAUAUUCAGCAAUUUGACAAUGAAGUCUUUGAAGAUAGAGACAGAGACCCAUAUAGAAUGGGCGCCUAUUACUUUUACUUGAUGAACCAAAAUGGCAGCCAAUAUGAGCCCGUCAUUUUCCACAACCAAAGUGCGUUUCAGUCAUUAGCCACCUAUUAUCAGCUGAUGUCUAACACAAUUUUGCAGACUGUAAAUCCUGACAUACAGGUAGUGGCUUAUAAUGCUCCUUUUGACUGGACCAAAAAAGUCAGAGAAAAUGCUUCGGCAGGGGAUGGAGUCCUUUCCUGUUUGAUUUUUGGCUUAGCUUUUGCGUUUGUUCCUGCAGGGAUUGCAACUUAUGUGGUGAGAGAAAGGGAAACGAGCGUGAAACACCAACAUAUGAUAACUGGGAUUUCUCUCUGGGCCUAUUGGAUUUCUAAUUACAUUUGGGAUAUCGUUAAAUACUCAGCUGUUUAUGCAGUAGCACUAUUUCUUAUUUAUAUUUUCCAAGUCGAUAUUUUUACUGAUGAAACUGAUGAUUUUGCUUGUAUCGCUUUACUGCUUGGCCUAUUUGGGAUUUCUGUUAUUUUAUUUACAUAUGCGACUAGUUUUAUAUUUGAUGACUAUUCGUCAGCGCAGCUUACAAAUAUAUAGCUCAGGAGCGAUUUUUGAUCGCCCUGGGAUAGAAGAAGGCUUAGAAAUCCCCGAAUAGGUAAAUUCACCUUAUAGGACCAUUUGCCAAUUCCCAAACCGGUUUGCCAACUUGAGUUGAAAAGCUAAAUCGGGGGUUCCUGAGGCUUCUCCUAGCCCAGAGAGAUCAAAAAUCACUCCUGAGCUAUAGUUUUUCACUUUUUGACGGGCAGUUUGUUCCCUAUUCUUGUAUUUGUGUUAUAUCUUUUUGAAGAAACCAAAGAUAUUUCAAAAAUCCUUGUAUGAGUUUUUCGGCUUUUUCCAAAUUUCUGUUUGGGAAAUGGGUUUUUGUAUUUAGGAACAGCACAAAUAAGGUCAAGUAUAGAUGGGAAAAAAGACAGGUAUGAGCCUUUUUCAUGGGAUAACGCUUUUGCAGACUGCGUAAUGCUGAUGGCUGAUACAUUUCUUUAUUUAUUAGUAUUAAUUAUAGCAGAAGCAUUUGAGUCAAAUCCGUCCUUACGAAAACUAAUAACAAUGAUAGACAAAGGCACCCCAGGAGAAUACGAAAAAGAUGAGGACGUUGAAGCUGAAAAAGAAGCUGCAUUAAGCACAGAUCCAAGAGAAGUGCAAGUCAACGUAAGAAAAUUGAGAAAAGUUUACAAAGGAACUAAAGGGAAACGAGUUGUGGCUGUCGAAGACGUUAGCUUUAACGUCCCCAAGCGCCAAUGCUUUGCACUGCUAGGUGUAAACGGCGCUGGCAAAACCACCACUUUUAAAAUGCUGACUGGAGAAAUAGCUCCAACUGACGGUGAAGCGUUUUUAAGUAGUUUUAGUGUGCUAACUUUUCUCCUCAGUGAGUAAAAAAAUUGAAAAAUACCUAUUUUUGGUCCAAAAUCAGGGUGCAGAUCCAAUGAUAGAGCCUUUAUGAUAGUGAGCAUUUCACCGAAGUACUUUUGUUCGAUUAUUUUCUUAAUUUAAAAAAAUUACUAUAAAAUUAAUACAUAAAUAUUUACAUAAGUCCCAUUCCUGAGCAACAAAAUUUUUUUGUUCGCUUACGAAGCUGAAGUAAGCAAUUUAGAUCAAGCCAGAGAAAACAUAGGAUAUUGCCCACAAUUUGACGCUUUAAGUGAAUUAUUAACAUGCAUGGAACAUAUAAGAUUUUAUGCGGAAGUAAAAGGCAUCAAUAAAAACAAGAUUGAUAAACUUGCAAAAGAUUUAUUAAGAGAGCUCGACCUUGUAAAAUAUACUGAUUAUACAGCUGGAACACUCAGUGGAGGUAAUAAACGAAAACUGCAGGUCGCGAUCGCGUUAAUAGGGAACCCUACAGUUGUAUUUUUAGAUGAGCCUUCAGCAGGAAUGGACCCUGAGACACGUAAAAAGCUAUGGAGCGUUUUAGGAGAUAUCAAAAAACGUGACUCAGCCGUUGUUUUGACUACUCACUCUAUGGAAGAAGCUGAAGCGCUUAGUGAUAGGCUUGCCAUUAUGGUUGGAGGAAGACUUAGAUGUAUUGGAACUUCAACUUAUCUGAGAAAUAAAUUCGGCCAAGGCUAUGAACUUGAAGUAAAACUGUCAAUUCCUAAGCCAAAACAUGUACAAAAACGCAGUGCUGAUUUAAAUCCGGUACUAGGAGAUGAGAUAAUUAUAAAAGAAGAUAAGGUUAAAGCUUGCCUAGAAGAGCUAGGAUGGUUAGAUUAGACUAUUAAAGACAUGUGCUAGCCAUAUUGUUCCAGUCACAAAAAGACCUCUCUAUAAAGGCUCUACUGCCUGUCAACUCCAGCUCAGAGGGUCUAACCCAGAAAAGGGUGCCUCUUUCGGUACUUCUGUCUCCUCGUUUACUUGCUGCUUCAGUCUUGAGUGGGCGGUUUAUGGAUUUCUGCGGGUCCUUGACGGCAGUUGUAGUAGCUUGACUCCAAGAAUCAGUUCCUCAGAGUCUGCUAGGUAUCGAAGUGCCUUCCUUUGACAGCUACAGGAAAAAGACUGUUCCUCUGUGGUCUGGACCAAUACCCCAGUUUCUCGGUAGAGAUAUGCCCAUAGGUCCUUUGAUCCAAAUGACGUUGCUGGAACCUCCAUUCCAAUCACAGGAAGGCAGUCAAAACCUACCGGAUACACAAUACUUAAGGCUGCACUUCUUACUCGACUCGGAGUCCGUCCCAUCGUCGUAUCCAUAAGGUCGGGACCGUUGCGCCUGACACAUUCGCCAUUUUAAUAUACAUAGAAAAGCUAGGAAGCGAUGAAUUAUAUGAAGAAAUUUCUGAAAAAGGUUCGGGAUCUGGACUAUUUCAACAGAUGUCGACUGAUGGAUAUAUAUCAAGAGAAGCAUUAGUGUCUUGGAUUAUUGUAGAAAACAGAGGUGAUAAUAUAAUGAAAUGACUAAAAUCAGAAUUUUCAGAUGUGUCAAUGAUUGAGCAUUAUAUGACGCUGUAUAAGUUUAAGAUAGGUAAGCAAGAAGAUAAAACUAUUGGAUAUCUGUUUAGCUCUGUGGAGAAGAAAAAGAAAGAACUUAAGAUAUCAGAAUAUGCACUGAGUCAGACUUCUCUUGAUCAGAUAUUUACUAAUUUUGCAAUGAUGGGGGAAAUUGAAAAAGCAGGACUAAAAAAGAGAAGGACGGCUAUCCCAUUUACUGAGGAGGAAAUUGAAAGACCUUAA